CCCGUUCCCACCAGGCAUGCUCAGCAGAGGGAACUUUUUGCUGGGCUCCCAGGCGCAGAAAGCAGCGGCGACCAUGGCACGGGAGGGUCCCGCGUAUCCAUCACGGAACCGUGAUGGCCCCAGCUCAAGAGAACUUCUGGGGUCACAGGUGUCAAUGAAGCCCCUGCAACAUGUUCAGUGUUGAGGACCUCCUGAUUUCUCAUGGAUACAAAUUGUCUAAAAACUCCACUAGUUUGUAUGAGAACAGAUGUGAUGGAUAUCAACACGAAGGUGCAGAGAAGUCAGCUCAUGGAACACUGAAUGGAUUUCCAGCCAAGUCUAGAGCCUACACUUGCGUGAAAAAACCAGCCACGAAAAGCUACCUGAAUGAUAACGAAAGUGGCUAUGUCAGCCAGGGGCAACAACCUGGUUACCACCAGGAUGUCUGGAGCCUGGCCAAUACUCAUGCUUCAGAAGGGAGAUUUUAUGACCAACCUCAGCUAGCUUCUUCGCACCCAAAGACCGACAAAGAUCUUGCCUAUUGGAGAAGAAGAGGCCAAGAUUUUAGCAUAUUGUUUGGCUGUACUGAGACAGGAGACUCUGAAAUGAAAGGAAUAGCAGCACCCCGUGCCUUACAUGGGCAUGAUAAAGAGAGCCAAUGGGAAGUAGGAGGAGGGACAGAGAGAAUGAGACCAACUGGCUUGCAGGAGAACUGGAAGACUCCUGCAGACUACAGAUGGCAAAGUUUAAGAGCAGAAGCCUGGAACCCCCCAACCAAACUAGGGAGGCUCUUGUCUGACGGUGACAGAGAGAGGUUGCUUCAAGAUUCAUACUCAGCCAGGCAUGGAGAAGCCACUGUUGCUUCCCGUAAUAAAGGGAAAUCUCAAUCUUUGCCAAGAGUUCUUUCCCCGGAGAGCUUGAGGUGUAUUGAAAUGCCCUCCUCGGUGAACAAUCACUCAUUGAGUAGAACUAAAACAACGUCUUGCCCUCAAGCCAGAUUGGCACAGGAAUCCUCCAAACGCUUGGAGCCAACUGCUCAUUUUCUUCCUUUGCCUAAGCCCAAGUAUGGCCGGCCCCUUAAACCUCCUCCGUAUGAACUUCAUCGGCAAACCAGGGGAAUGUUGGAACCAACCUUGCUUCCGGAUGGCCAACAGAAAGAUGAAGCUGUCUCUUUGACCAAAGGAAACGAGCAGAGUCAGGAUGCCUGCGCUCAAGAUUCCUGCCUGGAGCCCCCAGUAUACAUCCCCCCUCCAUGUUAUAAAUCUCCAGCUCAACAAAGCAUAGAUCAAUAUUUGCCCAGCAAAGUGCCUGAGUAUGAUGCGUGCUUUAAUAAUGGCCUGCAGCAUCCAGUGGAAAGAGCCAUCCUCAGUUAUCAGCCCUCUGUGAGUAAUUUUGGGACUAGAGAACAGCAUUGCAAAGACGAACAGAUUCCUCAGGACAAGAAAAGGCAUCGUAAGCACGCGGAGAGCUACCUGUCCUCUGUACAGUACAUUCCUUUCGAUGACCCUCGAAUACGGCAUAUUAAAGUAGCACACACAGAUAGUCUCCAGGAGGGUGCCAGCAGAAUGAGAGAUGCCAACAGAAUUAGUCCUUGUGCCUUCCAAGAGAGUGCUCAAGUGGAACUUGAGCACGACAGUGCCUUUUUGGAUACGUCAGACUCGUUCAAUACUGCUGCUGUGAAAUGCAGCCAGUUCUCGGACAGUUCUGUGCACAGCAGCAGAUGGCUAGCAGAGUCUAACGUAGAUCAAGACAACAGUGCCUUACCCAUCCAAAGAAACUGUUAUGACGCAGGUAAUGACAGAAGUCACAAAUAUCCCAAAAGCAGGCCGCUUGCACAAAGCCCCCCUACAGAAGCGCCCUGUGAGACUGUGACUAAAAUAAAAACAUUUGAACCAGGAAUGGCGGUCCAGAGCAGGAGAAGUUCAAAGAAAAAAAUGAACGAGACUAUAUUUUGCUUGGUCUCCGUCCCAGUUAAAGCCGAACUCAACCUGCCUGAUACUGAUAGAAACAACAACUUAACACAGGGUGCUGAUGAGAAGAAUGGGUUUGAUAACAGCAGGGUUCUGCAGGAACAAAGUCUCCUAAGUACCUCUUCCACCGAUUUGGAGCUCCAAGCCCUUACAGGAAACAUGACCCAUAAGAACGAGUUACCAAAACAAGAGUUGUGGAGGCCAGAAUUCAAACAAAUGAAUGACCUCAGACUCUUGCAGCCCGCAAAGCACAAGGAGCUUCAGUACUCUGGCUCAUGGCCAGGUGACCAGUACAAAGACCAGCAAACGCAAACAAGUUUCACAGAAGAACCAAAGCUCUUGCAGCUUUCUCACAGCUUAGGACCCAGUAGAUCAACUAAGGGGCCUGCUACCCAAUGGUUAAGAAAUGCAGUACCCACCACAGAGUCAGUAACGUUGGCAACAUUAACUGCUGAUGAUAGAAAGCGUCAGCAGGAUGCAUACAGGGUGAAAGGUAAAGUAGACCUUGGGCCCUCCAGCAGUAAGGUGUGCUCUAGGACUGCAGCACGUGCUCCAGAGGCAUGCCAGAAGAACCCACCUUGUGCAUCAUGCGCAAGCCUUCCUGGUCAAGAGAGGGAAACCAGUUCUGUUCUCAGGGAGGAAGCCAGCGCUGCUUGCAGUAGUAAGGAGCUGUUUGGGCAGUUCCUUCUGAAGCCCGUUGGCCGACGCCCUUGGGAUGUGAUAAGUGAACUAGAAAGUUUUAACAAGGAGCUUCAAGAGCAGGAAGAAAGCAGUGAAGAUGGUGUGGAAAACGAGGACAAGCAGAAGAGGGGUGAGGAGAAGGAAGGAACUCCAGAGGGUGGGACCUGUAGAACUGAGGGAAUGAGCCAGGGCGGUAGACCCACUGUGCAGUUGGAGACAGAUAUGCUAGUUGCUCCUGUAUUUCAACAGGUCAGGGAGAAAAGCAAAGCUGAACAUUUGAGUCAGUCUGAAAGUUUGAACGCAUGGGUCAUUGAUGGCCUUCAUAUUAAUGCUAGAUCACAAAGUUGCUUGCAGGCCAAAGAGGCUGGCGAAUCAGUUAGGCCAGCAGAUGGGUAUGUGACUGCAGAGCCAAGAAAGCAGGAAGUUGAGGAAAGGGUAAUAAAACAGGCGAUGACGACUCCCCGCCCAAUCGCAAAAAUCCUGCUGGAUAGCUACAGCGAUGAGGAACAUUACAAUCCAUUCAAUGGGAUCCGCUUCAGGGAAACAGCCCAAGUUAAAAACCACAGAGAUGAUGAAGUUGAUUUUGAUAGGAUAAAGAAUAAUACAGUGCCCUGGAAUAACCUAGCUUUAGAAAGAGGGUCUGGAGUAUGCUUGUCUCUAUCUGACAGGAAUCAUGGUCUCUCUGAGCCAGAUUUAAGAUCUGUAGGGCUAGAGAGUGGCCAUGCCCCUGGCACUGAGCAACUUGAUUGUUACGGAGAGGGUGAAGUCACUGAGAUUCCCCCAAAUGAGUCGCUUCAGGCAAGAGCUGCACGGAUUUUGGGUAUAGAGGUAGCUGUGGAGUCACUUGUGUCUGAUAGCAGUGCUCUUCAGGAUGAACAUUUUCACUCUGAUAACACUCCUGAGAGCCUUGAGUUGUCAGCAGAAAGGGCUCUGGGUAGCAAGAGGGAGGCAGAAGUCACUUCUUCUGAGGGAAGGCGGAAAUGUGGCUGGACAGAAAGCUCCCUUUUCAUUGGAGACAGAAACGUCACGUUGAGGUCUGUUGAAAACCAGAAAUCUGAGCAAGAAGCUGUGUUAGAUAAACCCCAUUUUGAGCACCACAAAGGUCUCUAUAGGCAAGGAGAAAACCAAACGACCUCUCUUGAGUCAGUUGUGCUUCCAUUUUCUGAAAGAAAUUUGGUCCAUUGGGGAGCAGAAAAAAAAGCCAGAAGCACUUCAAAGGUGAUCGAGACCUUGCAAGGUAAACUUGCAUCUCCGCCUAGUCGAGCUGCUGUGGAUCGCUUGGUGAGGAUGAAAGAGGUUGACUCAGUUUCUCGCAUGAGGCGUCUAAGCAUCAAAAAUGCAGAUUCCGUUGAGGAUGGAGAAGAACAGACAAAGGGGGUGGAAGAAAGAGGAAGCAACGGCUCCUUGGCUAGUAACGAACUAACCCGCAAGAUGUCGCAUGGAAGUUCUGUUUCCAAGCGCAUAAUCUCACUGGCUGAAAAUGGACUGUUGGACAACAUAAGCGACAGGAAAGCGGGAAGAGAUUUAUUUUGUUUAGAUGCGUAUGACCCCACCAGAGUGGAAAGGGUGUGACACAAAAGAGGAGACUCGAGAGAUUUCCACCCUCUCUGGAGCAUUUUGCUGGGUUCCAUCAUACGGGAAUUUUUUUCAGCUUGAAUGUUGUCCUGACACAGCCUUUCUGCUGCCACAGGGGGAAAUAAGUACUCCAUAUUCCCACUGCUUAUGGAGCUUAUACAAAAGAGGAGGAGGAAAAUGUUUUAAAAUCCUCUCAUUUUGGAACCAUCUGUCUUUUUUUAAAAAAAAAGCAUUAAGACUUAAUGCCUCUACUUGGCAUGGAUUGGUCAUUUUAACAACGUUCAGUCAGGAUGGUAAACUUGAUGGAGGGGGGUGGAGAUUGGCUUAUUUCUCUGUGUGAAGUGUAAACAGAGGAGAUUAACAAAAUGAAUUUUGAAAGAAUGUGAAUUUUCUAAGCUAAACACCCGAACCUCUGAACUCUAAGCUUUGUUUAAUGCUGGCUAUAAAUGGCAUCCAGAGCUGCUGCUCUUUCAGCUCAAGCGAAUGCAAGCCAGUGGGCAGGAUGGCUGAUUGACUGUGAAACAAUCUUGACUUGAGAAAGGGCCUGUGAUUUAAGGUUCCAGCUUGCCAUUAGCAAAGGAAGUGAAAGCCAAAGCUCCAGCAGGAAAAGGCCAUGCCGUUGUCGUCAUUAUGGCUGGGACAGCCACUGCUGUGGACUUGCUAUUUCAAAAUACUCGCAGUCACAUCCCGGCUCCUUUUUUUGCACUCAGUGAUAUGUUGGUUCUACCCCCUCCCCCUUUUCAUUUCAUAGCUAAAAAUGUCUUAUGUGACCAAAUUGCUUGUUUAACAUAGCAGAACAAAACAAAUCUUUUUUUUCUGUGUGUUUACACAAUGAGAUCUAUUUUUCUACUGCAGAAGCAAUCGCUAACAGUUGACCAGCUUGCAAGAUGUACCUUGCCUAUUUUUUAAGCCGCUGUGGCUUUCAGAGAAGCAGAAGGGUUCAAGAAGGGUUCACUUGCGCAUGUGCGUGCACAUUCCACUUUUAUCCUCCUGUUAACAACUGCCACUUUCUAUUAUUGUAAAAAGAGGCAUGUGUGUGUGCAUACAUGUGUGAGUGUGUUUACAUAUAAAUCUCUCUCUAAAUAUAUCUGUGUAUUUACAAAGCUUUUAGCUUUCUUCGUUGGAUCACUGCAUUCAGGUAAGAACAGAGCAGCGAAUGAUCUGCGAUGGUCUUCCAGCCAGAACGUUCCCCAGACUGGAAUGAGCAAAAGUAGAGCAGGUGUGGGUAACAGGUUGCGCCCAAAGCCCCUGGAGUGGCUUCAUCUGCAGUGAAGGUUUGCGGUAGAGCAAACUUGCCCAGGGGAUGGGAGGCCCAAUUGGUUGGCUCUUACCUAUUUCUCAGGACAGCUUUGUCCCAUCUCUUGCUACUCGAUUUAAGUGAAGCAGCUUUACACCUUCCUUCAAGGUACUUGCGGCAUGUAAGAGCUUGUGCCCCCUGCCCACACUAGCUUGAUGAUAGCUUUUGGGCUGAGAGCUGAGGCAGCCAUGAGUCCUGUGUCCAGCCGUCUUUCCUGGAGCAGAAGCAGGCAUGCCCACGCUGGGCCCCUUAAGCCAGACCUUACGAGCAGCUGUCUUCAUGCAGCAGUUUAUAUGAUCCAGCUGUUGCUCUGCUGGGUUUCUUGCAGAGAGGGAACUAUAUUGUCACCUUUAAAAAGAAAAAUCACCCCCCCCCCAAUAAUAUUCCAAGUGUACAUUCUUCUAGGAUUAACACUGUUAAUUCUUCUAGGAUUAAUACCGUUAAACCUGUACCACACUUAUUUACAUAGAUCUUCUAAUGUCUGUGCUUCUAAGUUUUGUUUACUAACAUCCAUCUCAACGUUUAUUUGUGUCUGCCUGGAUUGGCCUUUUUUAUAUGUUGGUUCUCUUCUCCAUGUUAUAUAUUCAGCAUUUCAAAUUCCUUUUAAUGUUGCAGUGGUCCCACAACUUGGCCAAAUAUUAAGCUAUCCACCUAAUGUGCUUUUGGCAGCCAUAACUGCUUAUCUGUACCACAUGAUUCUAUUACACAGAAUCUUUAUUAAAUAUUUAAAGUUUGUUAUACAUUAAAAUAAAGCUGUAUGGCUUGGCUUUA